AUGCAGAACUCCUCAGCGCUGUUCGGGAUGGUCAGCCACUGUCAGACCCCGAAUUUCACGGACUUCACCGGCCUGACGCUCUCCGUGUACGGCAGCAAGGCGGACAUCUGUGCGCGGCGAGCCGGGAGCGGUGGUUUUGCGUCUCAGAUUUGCCGGAGCCCCCAUGACACCCCGACUCACAUGAACUGCGCCAGCCCGAAGCGACUCAUCGCGACCGAGCAAAAAGCGCAUCUAUCAGCCAAAACUCCGCGUUCGUGCUUCUCUCUCCCGCCCAUGCAAGUGAAUGGUGCCUACUGCUCAGAGAAAGAUGUAGACGCUGAGCUGGGUGACGCUGAGGGCACCCUGAUGCGAUGUGGGCAGAGCCUGCCACUGCCGGUGGGGGGUCAUUCAGGGGGGCUCUACCUCCAGAGCCUCCACUGCGACAGACCUACCCCCGACCUCCUCCUGCAGGACGGCCCUCACCAAGACACCAGAUCCUCCUCUGCCUUCCAGAGGACCCUGCCGGGGGCCUCCCCUGGCCUGGGCUGCGGCAGUGCCAGCGGGGCUCGCUCCUCUCUGCCUUACCUAAUCAAACAGGAGAACUCAAUGGGCUAUAAGACCUCCAGCACAGGGUCUGGGGUCCAUAGCACAUCUCAGGCCGGGUUUCAGAACUGUAGAGCAGGCCACGUUUUGGGGGUGCGAAGGGACGAGACAGUUGGAGCUCCGCACAUUAGCAGCAGCGGUAGUGGCGUAUGUACAGCGGGCGGUGUAGGUAGCGCUGUGUCAAGGGACGCAGUGCAACCGUUUAAUAAUGAAGAUGGCUCCUCCCCGCUGGCUUUGUCCCCAACUGGCUCCCAUCAUUCAGCGCGGCUGCUCAGUGCUAGCAGUCUGAAGAAACGCUGCCUGUCCCUGGCCUCGCAGUCCUCCGCCGCUGCUGGCACCGGCAGCAUUGCUGCCACAGGUUCCCCAUCAGCUACUGGCGCUGCUUCCGAGGAGAUCAAUAUCACCGCCAUCAUCUGCUCCUCCUCCCAGAUGUCGAUGGUGGCCUGCGUCAACGGGUUUCGCACUAACCUCUCACCCAGCCACACCAGCAGUGCCGGCUUCUCCUCCUCUUCCUCCUCCUCUUCUACGUCCCCACCCUCUAACUCCUGCUCGCGGGAAGCCCUCCAAAGGCCCCCACCUCACGGCAGCCCCCAGCAAGCCACGGUACAGGAGAGCUGUCAGCUGUCCUCACCUGCCACCUGCCUGCUGUCCCUUUCCUCCUCCUCGUCCUCCUCUUCAGUGUCAUCAGUGGAGCCGGAGCAGGGUCAGGGGCUGUGUGAGGAGCAGGGCUCCAUGCUGCCGGGGCGAGGAGGAGGAGGAGGAGGCGGAGGCGGCGGCUCGGACGGGUUGGGGCUACUGAUGAGUGGGGCGCUAAUGUCUGGGACGCUGCAUUCGGGGCCUGAUGCUGGGGCUCUCCUGGACAGGGGCCAAAGAUCGGGGGCUGCCCUCAAGCAGGAGCCCCUCGAUGACUUCUCUCCCAGUGAAGACGAACUCUUUCAGCACCACUACCAUCAUCAUCAUCACCAUCACUUGAGUGGUCGCAGUGGGCACCUUCGUCACCCUCACCACCCCCCUCGACCUGCCAUGCCUCCGCCCUACCACCUCCACCAAUACGUGGGGCCCAGCCCUGGGGGCCUGCUGCACCACCAGAGCCAGCAAACAGCACCAGCCGCUUCCCUGGGACACAAACAGACCUCUGGAGGCCCUCCCGGGUCCCACACAGCCCCCGAGCAGGAAGAAGCUGUUGGAGGAGCACUGGGUGAUAAGCAGGUCUGUCGCUGGAUUGAUUGCAGUGCUGCGUAUGAGCAGCAGGAGGAGCUUGUGAGGCAUAUUGAGAAAGUCCACAUCGACCAGCGCAAAGGUGAGGACUUCACCUGUUUCUGGGCCGGCUGCAUUCGCCGCUACAAGCCCUUCAACGCGCGCUACAAGCUGCUCAUUCACAUGAGGGUCCACUCCGGAGAGAAACCUAACAAAUGUAUGUUUGAGGGCUGUAACAAAGCGUUUUCACGUCUGGAGAACCUGAAGAUCCACCUGAGGAGCCACACAGGAGAGAAGCCGUACCUGUGCCAGCACCCCGGCUGCCAGAAAGCUUUCAGCAACUCCAGCGACCGCGCCAAGCAUCAGCGCACUCACCUGGACACGAAACCAUAUGCAUGUCAGAUCCCUGGCUGUACCAAGCGUUACACAGAUCCCAGCUCCCUACGCAAGCACGUCAAGAUCCACUCAGCCAAAGAGCAACAGGUGCGUAGAAAGCUUCGGCCCUGCCCUCACCUGGAGCAGGAUGUCCUGAGUGACUGUUUGUCCAUGCAGCACCUUCAGAGCUCCACCUCCUCGCAGCACCUCUACAACGGCAAAGAUGGUCGUUCUCCUGGACUGGGCCAAGACAUCUUCACAGGCCUGUACACUGGCUCCAGCACCCCCCAUCACAGCGCCUCAGUGGAGCUCCUCUCCCCUAACCCAAACCCCGUCUCCGCCACUGACCUUCCCCCACGACAACACAGACUAGACCGGGAGCUCGGCAGCCCUCAUCACCUGUCCCCACUGACCGCCAUGGACAGCACGAGAGACGGGGUGUCGGGUCCCCUCCUGUCUCCUGGGAUGAAAGCAACAGGGACGCCUCCUCCCCCUCCUCCUCCUCUGGAGAAACAGCAUGGUCACUCCCACCAAAAGCCCUACUCUCACUAUCACCAUCAUCAGUCUGCCAACGACGAAUACCAAGGCAGCUUUCAGAGCUGCUUCCAUUUCGGAGACUCCUACAGGAUGGAGCAGACGGUCGGUGGUGUCCACAUCCCAGGAGAUUCUCACGCCUACACUUCCCAUCAGCACAAUGGCUUCCACAUGUCGACUAGCAACUCUGGCUCUGCAGGCUUCAGCUUGACCCAGGAGCUGCAAGGAAACGCAGGGUGCCAGUUCUCUUCAAGCCCAGAGGAGAGCAUUUUCUUCCAGGUGGGCAGCUUCGACCGCAGCCUGAGCCACAUGUCCUCCGUCUACACAGAGACGUAGAGCAACACUGGAGCAGGGCACG